CGAUAACGUACCUACUAGCAAAUGGAAGCGUAGAGAUUAUGAAGAUUUUAAUUUAAGGUUGUUGAAAGAUACACAUCCGAAGAUGUUAGCAAAAAAAAGAGAAGAACUAAUAACGAAGAAUAUGUAA